CAACGAUACCAGCUGUUUCUUUCUGCCGAUGUGUUGCGGUGGCAGAUGGUGGUGAUUGAAGACCUCCGGUGGAACUGGUAAUGGCUGACGACGCCGUUCCGCAAACCUUCAGGGCAUUAGUGGAGGGGGCCGAGAGAAAGUUCGCCAAGGUCCGUGAUGCUCCGGCCUAUGGACGUGGACCUAACCACUACUUCCCCAAGGUAUUCAAGGCUUACAUGAAGCUAUGGGAUUACCAGCAAAAAAACCGUUCUAGGCUCGUUGAAUCGGGACUCCAGAGAUGGGAAAUCGGCGAGAUCGCCUCACGAAUUGGUCAGCUCUAUUUCGUGCAGUACAUGAGAACCAGCGAGGCACGGUUCUUGCUGGAAUCUUACAUUUUCUACGAGGCUAUACUCAACCGAGGGUACUUUGAAGGCUCGAGUUUUAAGGCUUUGAAAGAUCGAGGGCUUAGGUUUAAGGAAUUGAGGUUUUACGCCAGGUUUUUGCUGGUUGCGUUGAUUUUGAAUCGGUGGGAGAUGGUUAAGCUUCUUUUAGACCGGUUUAAGGCUCUUGUUGAUGAUAGCAAAGCAAAGUUUCCGGAUACCACCUUUAAGGAAUGGAAGGUGGUGAUGCAAGAAAUGGUACGGUUUAUGAAAGUCGAUGCAGCCUUUUCAAACACUAGGCCUUUGCGAUACUGUGCUAUGUUUGAUUCUUACCCAAAUUCACUUCCAUAUGUGGCACGUUUCCAUGCGAAGAAGGUUCUAAAGUUGCGAGAUGCAUUGCUAAUGAGCUAUCACCGGAAUGAGGUGAAGUUCGCAGAACUUACAACAGACACCUUCAGAAUGCUGCAGUGCUUGGAAUGGGAACCAAGUGGGUCCUUCUACCAGAAGCAACCUGUUGAAUCUUACGACAAUGGUGUUUCGACUGAUCAGUCUGGUACUUCAGGAUUAAUUGAUAUAAAUUUGGUGGCAGAUAUGACAGACCCAUCUUUGCCUCCAAAUCCCAAAAAAGCCGUUCUCUAUCGACCAUCUGUGAUACAGUUACUAGCUGUGUUGGCUGCAAUUUGUGAUGAGCUCCCUCCGGAUAGUGUUAUGCUUAUAUAUAUAGCAGCCUCAGGGGAUUCUGGUCAAACUACUGUUCCACAUAAGCAUAUAUCUGGAAGUGUGAGGACAUCUUUGAAGCUAAAUACUGUUCAUGAACGCAGUAAUUUUAUGCCUGAAAAUCUUGUUAAUGGCAAGGGAGGCUCCAGUCAUCCCUUUGAAAGUUCUGUCUGGUUAGGGCCUACAAGAAGUGGAGGUUCUAACAACCUUUACCCUGGUGAUCUAAUCCCUUUUACCAGAAGACCUGCUUUUUUCAUCAUUGAUAGUGACAACAGCCAUUCAUUCAAGGUUCUACAUGGUGCAGAAAGGGGAGAACCAGCUGCCCUGCUUCUUUCACCUUUGAGACCAACAUUCAAGAAUCAAUCUGGUGGUGAUAUAGUGCAGAAUGGAAGUCAGUUCACCUUGUUCUUGACUGCUCCAUUACGUGCAUGCUGGCAAAUGUUUGGCCUCGCAUUUUCUGAUGAUGAAGUGGAUGUGAUGGAAGACGCUGAGAGUAUUGUUUCGGCUGCCUUUUCAGAGUGGGAAGUAAUACUUUGUACUUCAACUAGCCUAAAUCUAGUCUGGGCCCAAGUUCUCUCCGAACCUUUGUUGCGACGGCUUAUUCUUAGAUUUAUAUUCUGCCGGUCUGUGCUGACACUUUUUCGGCGUCAAGGAGACAAUGCUCGAUACCUACCCGUAUGCCUACCUGAACUUCCAGAUUCCGUGUCUCCGCACUCUGAAAUCGUACAAUCAGCAGUGUUGAGACUUGCAGAGCAUCUAAAGGUUUCACAUUAUUUUGGGUUUGAUAAGUUAUAGCCAUACCAUAGUUAGGAGCAGAUAUGUACAUUGAUUUUGAACUGGGUAUGCCAAGACUUUUAGUUUGAUUCAAAAAUAGUUUCUGGUGUAAAUGUUUGAUGAAGUUAUACACAAAAGUACUUACUGUUGAUGUGUUUUGUAUUUUAUAAAGGGAAGUAGGUUAACUU